UGCAGGACAGGGAGGCUGCAGCAGAAGGCGCCCCCGGCGGGCUGCUCGGGGCGCGGCCCCGCCCGGGACAGGCUCCGCCCAGGCGCGCAGAGCCCGGCUCCCCGCCGCCCUGUGCCUCCGCCCGAAGCGACCAGGCCUCGCCGGGACCCUGAACUCGCCGCGCCCGGCCCCGCCCUAGUCUCGCGCCCCCCUUGUCCGCCAUUAGGUGCUGGCCAGCCUGCCUUCCCAGGCCAGCAGCAGUGCAGCUCGGGAAGGACUCUUGGAAGCCCCAGUACUUGGACUAUAAACCCUGAGUCCAUAGGGUUUAGACAGCCUCACCAUGUGUGGGGGACUGAUUGAGAGGUAUGUGGCCGCCAUGGUGCUGAGUGCAGCAGGCGAUGCCUUGGGGUACUUCAACGGGAAGUGGGAGUUCCUCAGGAGCGGGGAGAAGAUCCACCAGCAGCUGGCCCAGCUUGGGGGCCUGGACGCCAUAGAUGUGCAGAGGUGGAGAGUCAGCGAUGACACAGUGAUGCACCUGGCCACGGCAGACGCCCUUGUGGAAGCCGGGAAAGUCUCAGACUUGGGUCGACUGUACUCACUCCUUGCUAAGCAUUACCAAGACUGCAUGGAAGACAUGGAUGGCCGGGCACCAGGAGGCGCCUCAGUGCAGAAUGCCAUGCUGUUGGAGCCAGACAAAGACAAUGGUUGGAGGAUUCCCUUUAACAACCACGAGGGAGGCUGUGGGGCUGCUAUGCGAGCCAUGUGCAUCGGUCUCAGGUUCCCUUACCCCUGCCAGCUGGACAUGCUGAUCCAGGUGAGCAUCGAGAGUGGCCGAAUGACCCACCACCACCCCACCGGCUACCUGGGAGCCCUUGUGUCUGCUCUUUUUACAGCCUAUGCUGUGAAUGGCAAGCCUCCCUGGCAAUGGGGGAAAGGACUGAUGGAGGUGCUACCAGAAGCUAAAAAGUACAUUGUCCAAGCAGGCUACUUUGUGGAGAAGAAUCUUGAGCACUGGUCCUACUUCCAAGACCAAUGGGAAAGGUACCUAAAACUUCGAGGGAUUUUGGACGGCGAAUCAGGCCCUACCUUCCCCAAGCCCUACGAUGUGAAGGCGAGGGAUCAGUUCUACGCCUCUGUGAGCUACUCGGGCUGGGGCGGCAGCAGUGGACACGAUGCCCCCAUGAUUGCCUAUGAUGCCAUCCUGGCUGCAGGAGACUCCUGGAAGGAGCUUGCCCACCGAGCCUUUUUCCAUGGUGGAGAUAGUGAUUCCACCGCUGCCAUUGCUGGCUGCUGGUGGGGAGUUAUGCAUGGUUUUAAAGGAGUGAGUCCCUCCAACUAUGAGAAACUAGAAUACAGAAACCGGCUGGAGGAAGUAGCUAGAGCUUUAUAUUCUCUUGGGUCAAAGGAAGAUACUGUAAUUGCCCUUUAGGGAGAGAGGAUGUUCAUUUCUGGUGGUUUUUUCUCUUGUGUAGUGCCCUUUCUGCUCAGUUUCUUUUCACUUUUUCCAAAGUCAAGAGUCUUAACCUUGUACGUAUUCAGGGAAUUUUGAGGUAACAAGUCCCUGGGUCCCCUGAAACUCAGUCUUCCCAGGCUCAUUCUGUUCUCCCUGAAUCUAUCUGUCUUCCUCUCCUGAAGGGUCAUUAACUCGGGUGAUGCGGUCAGCAUCUCCCAAGCUAGAAAUCUCAUAGCCUCCUAUUUGCAUUUUCAUCUUUAUCAGCUAAUCUUUCAUUCAGUUUUUUCUGUUGUUUCAGGUUGGGUUACCCCAAAAGUGGACUCUGAGACAAGGAUUUGAGUACAGAUAGUUUGAGAGGUGAUACCAGGGAGCACUGGUAGGACCAUGGGGAUGUGAGACAGGGAAGGGAGGGGAGACAGUACAAAGUGCAGUAAUGAGCAGGUUACCACUGUCAGCAGCUGGGACUCGGUCCAUGUGGGUCCUUUGUGUAAGGCAUUCCUCAUGGUUGUCCCCCCUGAGAGACAAGCAAACCUGGAGUAUUUAUCCACCGACUUCCAUCUGACAUUGGUGGUCCUCACUACUAAGCCCCUGGUGCUUCUCAGCCUCCUCUUGUGCAAGGCAAACAUUAAUGCCUUCAAGUAAAGACUCCGAUGCUUGCAAUGGUUAGCUGUAAGGUGCAUGGGAACAGCCAGCAGUAUGCACAGAUGAUUCUAUCUCCCAAAUACCCUUCAAAUCUGUCACCUCUUUUACCUUUUUGCAGCAAGUAUUUUUCACUUGGAUUUCUCACCUCUGCGGAGGUGCUGAUCCUAGGCAUGGCACUUAACAUGUUAAUAGUUUGUUGUUGCUUAUUUACUUGUCUUUAUUCUCCUCUGUACAGAACCUAGCACACAGAAAAUGUGUAAUCAGCCUACAUUACGUGAAUGUGGUUAGUUAGCCUCCUACCUCCAAUCUUGCUGUCUUCGUUGCCCUCCAGAGUUUUCUUUACAAAUAACAAAUUGAUCAUGCUGCACUGCUAAUGAUGUCCAAUGAAUACAUCGCCCCUCUCUUCAUUUCCUGAGAAGUUUGUACUCAUCCUUCAAGCCCCAGCUCACAUAUACCCUCUAGAUCAGUGAUGGCGAACCUAUGGCACGCUUGUCAGAGGUGACACGCGAACUCAUUUUUUUGGUUGAUUUUUCUUUGUUAAAUGGCAUUUAAGUAUAUAAAAUAAAUAUAAAAAAUAUAAAUCUUUGUUUUACUAUGGUUGAAAAUAUCAAAAAAUUUCUAUAUGUGACACGGCACCAGAGUUAAGUUAGGGUUUUUCCAAAUGCUGACACGCUGAGCUCAAAAAGUUCGCCAUCACUGACCUAGAUGAAACCUGCUCCGAUUAUUCAGGCACAAUCCCUGCUGGUUUUUACAGCCAGAGUUGUGGGGACUUCUCUUCCUGACACUGGAAUCCUGGGCUGGGGGGCCUGGUGUGGGGUUGGGACCUGUCACUCCUCAGGGGGACCUUUGUAGACAAAAUACCCCUCCCAAGAUUUGUUGUAGUCAAUCCUCACAUGAGGAUAUUUUUUCCAUUGCUUUUCAGAGAAAGUGGAAAGGAGGGAGGGAGAGAGGAAGAGAGAGAGUGAGAGAGAAACAUUGAUGUGAGAGAAACACAUCAACUGGUUGCCUCCCUCACAUGCCCUGACCAGGGGUGUGGCCGGGAGUGAACCUGCAAACCAGGUAUGUGUUCCUGACCAGGAAUCAAACACAAGACCCUUUGUAGUGUGCGCUAAUGCUCCAACCACUGAGCACACCUGCCAGGGCUCUCCUGAUUUUUAUCUGCCACACAGGGGUGUGUGAUCAACCCGCUGCGAGUCUCUGCCCCUCCUACCAAUCUUGAUGUGGCUUCUCCUUUAAUUCUUUAGUUGGAAGACUUCCAUUCGGCUUGGUUUCAGUUGUUUCUGAAUGAUGGUGGUUCUGAGUUUAGUUGUAAUUUUGAUGUGGAUGUGGGAGGACAGCAAGUACAGCAUUCACCUACGCCGACAUCUGGACAGGAAGGCCCUUUCUGAGUUUUGUCCUACCAGUGGUUAGUAAAGCCUGCAUUUGCAAGGUGGAGCACUAGAAUUCUAUUCGCACUGACCAGACAGCAGACCCGAGAUGCUUACAUCUUAUAUAUAGAAAAGGGCAGAAGAGUGUAUUUAACAAGUGGAUUGUGAGGCCUGGCCUGUUUUGUAAUUGGCGAAUGGUCUGGAUAAGAAGCAAACAAAAUGAUUUUAUUUUUCUCCAACUCAGGCCUCAUGCAUACUCUUUUGAAGCUGCUUUUCCUGUCCCCCAGCAUCAUCUUGGGCAGAUCACACAGUUUUUUGGUCUUGGGGUCGGGUGGCGAGUAUUAAAAACGCAAUCCAGUCCAUCCCAGUCCAGUUUUUUUAAAUUUCCACUUUAUUGAGGUAUAAUUGAUAUACAAAAAUUAUAAGAUAUUUAAAAUGUACGUUGUGAUUUGAUAAAUUUGUACAUUGUGAAAGGAUUUCCUUCAUCUAAUUAAUUAAUACCCCAUCAUCUCACAUAUUUAUCUUUUUUGUGUGUGUAUGAGAACAUUUAAGUUCUACUCUUAGUAAAUUUCAAUUAUACAAUACAGUAUUAUCAAUUUUAAUCACCAUGUUUUAAGUCAGAUCCUUAUUUAUCUUAUAGCUGAAAGUUUGUACCCUUUUGCCAACUUCUUCCUGUUUUUCCCAAUCCCCAGCCCCGGACAACCACUUUUCUACUCUUUCUAUGAAUUUGACUUAAAUAAAAAAAAUUCCAAAUAUAAAUGACACAAAGUA